GGGAGCAAGAUCUGAAGGAAAAUAUCUUUUUAAAUCGAAUUAAAAUUAAAUAAAAUCGUAGUGCAGUUUGUGAAGAUGGCGGACACUGUUGGCAAGGUUAUAGAAUGCAAAGCAGCAGUCGCCUGGGCUCCCAAAGAGCCCCUAAAGAUAGAAACGGUUCAAGUAGCUCCUCCAAAGGCUCAUGAAGUCCGAAUAAAACUAACAGCAACUGGUGUGUGUCAUACGGAUGCUUAUACUCUUGGAGGUUUUGAUGCUGAAGGUAAAUUCCCAACGAUUUUGGGACACGAGGGUGCUGGUAUUGUUGAAAGCGUUGGGGAAGGAGUUACUAAGUUCAAACCAGGUGAUCAUGUAAUACCUCUCUAUAUACCUCAAUGUGGUUCAUGUAAAUAUUGUUUGCACCCGGAGACUAAUUUGUGCCAAAAGAUUCGAUCAACACAAGGCCAAGGUGUGAUGCCCGAUGGUACUUCAAGAUUUACUUGCAAAGGCAAAGAAGUAUUCCAUUUCAUGGGCACAUCAACGUUCAGUGAAUAUACAGUUGUAGCAGACAUAUCCUUAGCUAAGGUUUCCGAAAAAGCUCCCCUGGACAAAGUUUGUUUACUUGGUUGUGGAAUACCGACUGGAUAUGGAGCUGCAUUAAACACUGCAAAGGUUAAACCUGGUAGCUCCUGUGCAGUUUGGGUGGGUGCUGUCGGUUUGGCCGUAGCCAUGGGGUGCAAAGCUGCUGGUGCGACUAGAAUUUUAGGAGUUGAUAUUAAUCCAGAUAAAUUCAAAGUUGCUGAACAAUUUGGUUGCACUGAAUUUCUGAACCCACUUGAUGUUAAAUCUGGUACGGUUCAAAAUCAUAUUGUAAAUAAUCUUUUUGAUGGUUUUGGAGUUGAUUACACUUUUGAAUGUGUUGGAAAUGUAGACACCAUGAGGACUGCUCUGGAGUCUUGUGCUAAAGGCUGGGGCGUUUCUGUAAUCGUCGGAGUAGCUCCUGCUGGUAAAGAAAUAUCUACAAGACCUUUCCAGCUGGUCACCGGACGUACCUGGAAGGGAACAGCUUUUGGAGGUUGGAAAAGUUGUGAAAGUGUACCAAAGCUUGUUGAUGAAUAUUUGAAUAAAAAAUUGAAAGUCGAUGAAUUUGUUACACAUGUGAUGGGACUUGAGGAUAUAAAUAAUGCUUUUACGUUGAUGCACGAAGGUAAAAGCAUAAGAGCUAUUGUGAAUCUUUAA